GGAUUAAUAGUUCAGCGAGAUUACUAUUAGAACUCCAUUUCUGCACAGAAAUAAACUCCUUAGGCUGUUAAUCCAGCUGUGAAAGGAAGAACUCCAACUGAGAUAAUGAUAACAAACAUUUCCUCAAAUAGUUUGUAUAAUUUCUCAAUAUAUGAAUUAUAUAAAUAAAUUAUGAUUUACUAUCAUCUUAAGUUUCACCUCCUUUUGUUUCCUGUUUCCAAACUAUACAUAUAUGGUGCUAUAAUUUACAUUCUAUUUCUUAAAUGUUUUUCUUCUGCAUCAAACAGUGAUGCAAGUAUAAAGUAUCAACCACAUUUAUGCUACCUGGUAUUCUUGUAAUAUUUUAGAAAUACAACAGCAUAUAAUUUAAACAUUGUCUCCCUUCCCUGAAUGCUAUUUAACAAACUUCUUUUUGCCACAUUCCCAAUUACUCAAUUCCCUAAAAUAAUGUUGAGAAUCUCUCCCAAAGCCAGUAUCAAAUUUUGUCUGCUUUCCAAUUCUCUCAACCCAUUUGCAUAUUGGAGAUGCAAGCAAUAGAUUAGCAGUCACAUCAUUAACCCACAUUUAUUAAGUAGGUUGUGCUACAUUUUAUGAAUUACAAGAUGUUGAUGAGGUAUAGCUUGUCAUAGAAUCAUUGAUACCACUGUAGGAGAUCAUUCAGACAACAGCGUUCCACUGACUCUCCACAGAGCAGAUCCCACAGACACAUUCUCCACUGUAGGCGAAAUCUUGCUGAGGGUGCUGAGGUGUCAUCACUGGCUCAUGAGAUGAUGCAAGGCCCAUACUGCUUCUUCCAGGAAAGAUUCCCAGAAUUACUUGCUAACCAGGUAGUGGUGAGGCCAUCGGCAAUCCUAUCCCUGGAGUGUAGACCCUGAAGUUGCACCUGGCGAGAGCUGCUGUCAUUUUGCACUUGGCAGCUCCAUGGAGGAGGCUGUGGCUGCUGGAGGAAGUGCUCCUGUAGAGACCAGAAGCACAGUGGAACCAGGAAGCAGGUGUAUGAUGCAAGGUAGUGAUGUCUCUCAGGCUGAGGUCAGAAAGAUGAGUACAGGAAUUGGAAGCAAGAGCAAUGGUGUGGCUCACAUGGGAAACUGCUUCUGAUGCCCAGCCCUUCAAUCAUGCGCUAAAUUGAGGGACCCCCAGCAAAACACCCUUCUUCCAAUGUGACGAGCUGCUUGAAUGGUUACAGCUGUCUAGAAUACUACUUCACACCAACGUGAGCCAAGGACCUUAACUCAUCCUUAAUUGGAUAUUUAACAAUUGGAAUUAAUUGCUGGGAUGUAAUAUUAACCAUGGAUCUUUCUGCCUGGAUGAGGAAGGAAGGUGGUAGAAUUUGGGUAUGUCAACAUCCCAUCUAAAUACAUGCCCUUCCUACCUCCAUAAUCUGCCACCUCAGUGAGCGGAAGAUUACACCCUCUAUCUCAGUAGCCCUGCAUGUUUAUUUGCUUUAAGUGCUCAUGCAAUUUCCUUACUGAUUUGCUUCCAAAAACCUCAGAUAGUAGGCUCCAAAUCAUUACAACUUACAAUGUAAAUAUUUUCUUUGUUACAUUCCUCUACAUCUCUCAUACAGAUCUUAAGUCAGUUUUGCUUAAUCCUUAACCAUCAAGAUAACGAGAUCAGCCUUUACAUGUCUGCCUGAUUCAAACCUGUUGUAAUUUUGUAUACUUGUAUCAAAUUUCUUUUGCUCCAAGAACAACUGUAGCUUCUCCAGCUUGUCCAUGUUGCUGAAAGCUUCCAUCCCUGGAACUAUUCUCAUGAACCUCCUCUCCACCCUCUCAAGGACCCUGAGAUCCUUCUAAAAGUGUGGUUCCCAUAUCCGGACUCUGUACUCGAGUUGUGGUCUAACCAGAGCACUAUAAAAGAUACAUACAUCUGUAAAUUCUCCUAAUGACAAGAAAUGGAUGAAAAUAUCAGAGGAGAUCAAGAACAUUUUCAAAACUGCUGUAACCGUACUGCAGCAGCGAGGGACAAUGAAUAGGGGCAAGGCCAGGAAGUAUCUCUGCUCAGCAAUCGAGGAUGAGUUUGAAUUUGCCCUGGGAAACCAAACACCAGCAUUUCUAAGAAAGUGCGUGUGUUACAUCAGGAAAAUUGCUCAUAUUGAUCGCCAUGUGAAGAAUCCAGCUAUGAGCCGAUACACAGAUGUUAUCGAGGUCAAUGGGAAACGUAUAAGAGACCCAGUUGCAAAUGAAAAGCUUGAGAAGCUCAGGGAUGAGUUUAUUCCUAUGAUUGUUGCCUCAUCCAACUUGAGAGUAUACACAUCGAUUACUCACUGCAAUAUGAAACUUGGAUAUUCAGAGGAUGUGGAGAAUCACUACGUUGAAGGUCUUUGUAAACAAUUCUACGAUGAUAUGAUUGACAUUAUCCAGUCUACAGUUCAACAAAACUUUGAUAUUGAAACAGAUGCACUUUAUGAUGAGGUUCUGCAGCACUUGUCCCUUUGUAAAAUGUACUCCUCUCUCUAUCAGUACCAAUGUGAGGCUCUGAACCUCAUACACAAGUAUAUACUGCCUUGUAAAGCAGGACAUAUGAGUCCACUUGUUGUCUACGGUGGACCAUGCACAGGCAAAACACUCCUACUGGCAAAAGUGGCUGAACAGGCCCAUUCUUGGCUUCAAGAGGAACUGGGCCCCAAUUCAGAACCAGUUAUAACAGUGAGAUUUUUGGGAACAACAGAGUUAAGUACAGAGCUCAAACCACUGCUGCAAAGUCUCUGUGAACAAUUAGCCAUUAACUAUCGAUGCCUCAUACACCAUUAUCCUCAAAAAGUACAAGACCUGAGGGAAUUAUUCGUCAACCUUCUGAACGAGUCUUCAUUUCAUCGACCACUGGUAUUAAUUUUUGAUGCUCUGGAGCAGCUUUCAGAUGGUGAGGAGGCACGCAAAUUAUGGUGGCUCCCCAUUCACCUUCCUCGUUCAGUACGUGUGAUAUUAUCAACUCUGCCAAACAAGCAUGGCAUUCUGCAAAAACUGAGGUGCUUGAUACAGGACAAUGAUAAUUACAUUGAACUGCCUCAACGUGACAGGAAGAUCUGCAGCCAAAUUCUUAAACAUCAGCUUUUACAAGUGAAAAGAAAGGUCACUUCAGGUCAGCAGAUCUAUGUCAAUGAAGCACUCUCAAAAUGUACUCUGCCUAUGUUUGUUAAUCUGAUUUACCACGAGGUCAAGCAAUGGAGAUCACACAAGGAUGUUGAUGACACUUCCCUUUGUGUGACAGUGCAUGAAAGUAUUGAGCACCUUUUCUGGUCCCUCGAAAAUAAGUGUGGCCCUAGGCUGGUCUCAAGAGCACUUGGCUUCAUCACAAUGUCCAAAACUGGACUGAGUGAAAUGGAGCUGGAAGAUGUCCUUUCACUUGAUAAUUAUGUUGUAAGUGAAAUCACAGCAAACACUAAACUUCAGAAUCCACUGCGGUUACCGUGUUACUUCAUCUCAAGAUUGAAAGAGGAGCUACGUGGUUACUUAAUGGAGAGGCAGGUGAGAAGUGUCACACUCCUAGUGUGGGCAAAUCGCCACCUUCACCUGAUUGCUCAGAAACUGUACCUGCAGAAUCAGGAAGAAAUACAUGAAAUGCACAGCAUCAUGGCAGAUUACUUUUUAGGAGUGUGGGCUGGUGGGAGACCAAGGUCUUUUCAUCCUGAGCAAAGUCACAGCCAAUCUCUGGACAUUAACAAUAAAAGCAUUAAUGAUGAAAAACAAAUUGGUGAAAAGACUUUUGACAGGCAAGCCCCUGAGCAGCCGUGGGUCUUCCAGUGUAACUCAUUAGAGCCCGACAUCUUUUUUGUGAAUCAUAGGAAAAGUACUGAGCUACUGCAUCAUCUGACUAGAAGUGGGAGGACAGAUGAUCUGAUGUACAGUGUCAUUAUGAAUUUCAGUUGGCUGUACACCAUGAUCAAAAUUGGUCACCUUGACAAAGUCCUUUCUGACAUAGACCUUGCUUACAAUUAUUCACAGGAGAAAGAACUGAAAUUUCUGGGAAGGACACUGCGAGGUAUCAAAUUGAAAGUUUCAAGGAACCCAGGCUCUCUGUCUGCUGAGCUGCAACAAAGGCUUCUACCUGUUGUUAGCUCUUUACCAAAGCUUAGACAUCUUCUUUUAGAGUGCGACAAGGACGGCCCAAAGUAUUGCUCAAUAGUGCCUUUGCAUUCCUCACUGGAUGUGACAUAUAGCCCUGAAAGACUCCCACUAACAACCAGCUACAUCCAUGUGAUUGAGGUGCUGCCUACAUUGAGCCCCAGUGUGAUCAUUGCUGCACUGGAAAAUGGUUCAAUUACCACCUGGGAUGUGGAAUCACAACAAAUUCAGCGCCAGAUUACAACUGCAAACUCAGCCGUGUUAGGGAUGAAACUUACUCAUGAUGAAAAGUAUCUUGUUGUAUCAACAACAAAAAACACAUUGUUGAUAUAUGACAAUCAUAACUCAUGUCUAUUAUCAGAGGUGGAAGUCAAGGGCUCCAAGCACUGUAUUGCAGGCGGGGGUAACUGUUUUAUUCGUGGCUUCACAUUAUCAAUUAACCAUGCCCUCGCAUGGUUGCAAGGGAGUAAAGACGUGCAUGUAAUUGAUUUAAUAUAUGGCUGGCCACUCUACCAAUUCCAUUGCUGGUAUGAAGUGACUUGUGUCCAAAGUUCUCCAGAUGGAGUUUAUGCAUUCUGUGGGCAAUACCUGAACACUACAACCAUUUUCCUCUUGGGAAGUGGUGAGAAGCUCUCAACAGUGACGUCUGAGCUGUCUGGUGGGUAUGUGAAAUCUCUUCUCAUCCUGGCUGCAGCUCAAGAAAUGGUCAUGAUUGAUAAUGAAGGCAGUUUGUCCGUCUGGAAUAUUGAUGAAAUUACUAACCCUCAACUUAUUGAGGACUUUGACUGUCAGGGAAAGGAUAAUGAAGUGGUGAGUUUAGAGCUGGCAGAAGACCAAAGUGCAAUCCUCAUUUGUAAGACAUUCAGCAUUGAAAUGUUGGACACUAAUGUCUGGAAAGUGGCUGAGAAGUUCAAAGCAAAACGAAAUGAGCGCUUCAUAUCAGCUGUCCUCUCCAAAAAUGGUGACUCAAUUAUUGCUUCCAUGGAACAUAUGUCAUCAAUAUUCGUGUGGCGGAGAGACACUGGACAGUGUAUGGCAAGUUUGCAGGAAAUCUCAGGGGCCAUUGUAAAGUUGGUCAAGUCAAAUCUACACAAUUUGUUACUGUCUUUGACAACCAGUGGUGUCCUUUCUGUCUGGGAUAUAGACAUAAUAACAGCAAUCUCGAACAUUGACAAAACAGGCAAAGCAAUUCAAAGUAUUCUCCUGCCAGGCAGAGGUGAGCUAAUCUACACAUUGGAUGGCUCUGAAUUUGUUCAUAAAUGGAGCUUCAGUACUGGAUACAUUGAAGCUAUGUUUAAACAUGACGGUAUUGUGGAAAACUGUGUUCUCACAUACUCUGGAGAGUUGAUGGUCACUUCCGAUGACAAAGGCACCCAAUACAUCUGGAACACAGUUACUGGGGACAACAUCUUUCGGAUCAAUGGGCAGCGGAUCUCCCAACUACUGAUUACACACAAUGACCAGUUUGUAGUCUCACUCUGUAACCAAGGUGUCUCUCGAGUGUGGAGACUGUCCACUGGUCACAAAGUCUGCAAUAUUCUGGUUCCCAUGCAGAAUGCAUUUAUCACAUAUCCUAACACGUUUGUAAUUGGUGUUUCAAAAAACAAGCUGCUGGCUGUAAGCUUGUGGACAGGAAGUGUAACAAAAAAGUUCUGCUGUGAUGAUGGUACAACCAUUGUAAAUGUCAAGCUCAUCCCUGAUUCUCCAGACUAUGUGGUUUUUAUUACUUCUACUGAAACACUGUUUGUUUGGAGUGUGACGGAGGAAGCCGUGUGCAGACGUGUGCAGCUCCCUAAUAAUUUCCUGAAAAACCUCGAAGAUUUUCAGAUAUCUCCCAAUGGGAAACUGGGAAUUUUGUCCCGAGGUGAUGACAACAUUAACAUUAUGGAUCUGAACAACGGAAAACUGCGCCUUGUCCCAGCCACUGGAAUCAUCUGGCGUCAGAAAUUAUCACGUGAUGGUCGUUACCUGGUAUACAUUUGUUUCAGAAACAACAGUGAAGAAAAUGAUAAUGGGGCUGUGUCUAGUUUAAUAGUUGUCAGAUUGGCCGAUGGUAAAAAUAUUGGAGCAUGCUCACUUUACAAGACGCCUGCUUUUCUGAGUCUGUCACAGCGACACCUUAACAUUAUUGUGGGUUUUGAUGAUGGCAGCAUCGGGACCUACACUGUGGUCGAUCGGGUUGAUGCUGCCUUAAAAAUUAAAAUUGCCACUUCAAACAGCCGUCAAAUUUUUAAUAGCACGUCUCAGCAAAUCAGGCCUAAGCGUGCAAACUUUAUGUGCAAAUAUACAGCUGACUGCGUAUGGAGAGAGUCUUCUGAAGUCUUUGCCAGGGAUAGUCCAAUUACAGUCUCUGAUUCAAGUGAUACACUGGAGACAGCGCCUACCAAAAAACAACCUUACUACUCUGACAAAACAGGUUCGACAUUACAGAUAGACUAUAAAUGUCAAAAUUUUCCAGCAGAAAGCUAAGCCAUGGAUUUUUUGUGUGUGCAAGAAGAGUCCCUUAUACAGAAAAAAUAUUUUUUAAUGUUGAGUGCCAUUUUGAAAGUCACUCAAAGGUAUUUCUUUUAUGCUUCUUGAGUAUUAAACAGUUUUGUCACUUUAAAAUAGAUCUUUGCUAUUUCAAGGGGACUAAUAUCUCAGGGGGUAAAGUUAUUUCUUCCAUUGCACAUGUUUAUUUUAAUUUAGUUUUGUGACUAUUCCCAACUUUUGUUUGAUUCCUGUAGCUGGUGUUCAGCAUGCUCAUUUAUUUACAUCUGCUUACUUAUCAUAAUGUUUCACGUCUAAAGGAGUUUUCACUAAACAAUGUUACUACCGGCUCAAGUAUCCAUGUAAAUUUUGCCAAAAUGACUUAUUUUUAGGUGGGCUUUAAAUGGACAGUACAAUCUCAUAUUUUCCUGAAUUCUUAGCAAGGAGAAGAUGCCAUGGGACAUGGAUAAAAUAAAUGAAAGAACAUAUUGAUAUCUGAUCAGGUAUUAAUGAAAGUGAUGACUUUACCUCUUGGAUUUCAUUCCUUUUUAACAAAGAAAUGACACGUUUUUAACAUACAAGCACAAUCACCUGUCAAGUGCUGUGAAUGAUGUUAUACUGUAUGUAGAGAAAUACAGUGCAUUACAUCAGUUUUCACAAACUAGGAGUGCCGUUAUUUAUCAUUCCUGAAGUGCUUUCUGGAUAAGGUACUACGAUGUAUAACUUGUACUGUCUACUGUUCCACAGAAGUUUGGUUCAAAAAUAAAAUAAGUAUUUCAUUAGCCAAACCGUGGAAAAGUUGAACGAUCAGCCACAAUUUAGUAAUUCACAAAUUCAGCCAGAUUCUGACAUGAUUCCCCCAUUUCUGGACCAUUCAGGUCUAUUACCUUUUAAAAGGGGCACUUUCUCAUGUUUUCUCCAGUGACGCACAUUAAGCUGCAUCAAAGCUGUUGAGGUUUUUAACUUCUGAAGUAUUAAGUAAAAUGAUGGUUAUAAAAUGCAAAUCACUGCAGUUAUAAUCACAUGGUCGCAGUCUAUUGCAGACACUUCCCAAGCAUCAUUGUGUAUCUCCAGUUAAGCUACAGAGCAUCACUUGUGUUCCGAACUCUUUAGGGGACUAGAUAAUCUAUCAUAGGCUAGACCUUAAGGCUAGACAGACACUUCAAUGAAAGCUAUAGACUUUGUAAAUGGGACUUUUCUACCCAUAUAAUUGCAUCUCUAUCAUCAAGUUUCUGUUUGUAUCAAAUAAAGACUGUUAGCAAUUACUUGUCUUAAUACAUCUAAGAGAUGCACUAACUCUAAGCCAGUUGCAGUGAUAUAUGAUUCUACCCUUCAGGUGGCAUGCAGUGUACCUGGUAGUAAAAAAAAGACAGUGUUAUUAUUUAUAAUACUCUACCAGCCUAGCUGCAUAUGACUUCAUAUACUCAGUGGAGCAUUGCUUUAAUCAGUCAAUCAUUUAAGCUCAUUACUUCCUCAAAUAGGAAAGGAUAGUCCUUUAAAAAAGAUACUUGGAAAACAACUUACAAUUUCUGGAUCAGGGAUCUUUCUGUCUAUGUAAGAAAGAAAAAUGUGAAGACUUUAAAUUACACUAGCUGGAUUUUUUAUGCAGCUUAAAUUUGAUGAACUAUUACGGAAACAUAUUUAGAAAAGUUUUCUAUUGAAGCCAACACAAAUUUAGAAUAACAGUAGGAUAUUGUUGAGGAGAGUGUCUCCUCCACUGCACCAUUCACAAGUGCAGUCGUAUUAUAGCAUUGAACCGUGACACAGUAAUAGCACCAACAACUCUACGUGGCUGAUCCAACACUAGCAAUCAUCCAAGAAAAAUACUGAAGAUAUUUCCUGAUUAUCCAAAGAUUAACAGGAGGGGUUAUAGGACAUUACAGGAUCACACUUACUGAGUUAGGUCUUGACCUUGUGCAUUAGGAAAAUCUGGACGAGAGUAAAGAUCCCAUUUUAUAUCUUGCACCACUUCUAUUUCUGAAAUUUGAUUUCUAUUGAAGUCAAUGGAGAGAUGUAAAAUGGGUCUGUCUUGUGUUAAUGCAGAAAUUAAGGAUCUACCACACCUUUCAGACGAGGUGGAUGUUAACUCCAAGGCCACCGCACUCCACUGCUGAUGUCACCUAUGCAGGAGAGGUUUGAUGGGGGGUGGUGUUACAGACAUAGAGGAGAUGGGGACUGAGAAGGCCAGUGACACUGGGGGGGAUGUGCUAGUGGAAACUGGGGCCUUAGAGCUGUCAGUGGAAUAGCUUUCUGCUAUCACUGAUGUGCUGGCCAGCAACCUUUCCAGCCACCAUGCUGCCAAAGAAGUGCCCUUGACAGAAUGGGAGGCCAUGAGCAGUGUCUGGAUGAAGAGCUGGCAAUAUGUAGGGGUGGGAGGGUGUUAGACACCACAGCAGUAACCCCAGUCCCCAAACAGGAAUCGCCAGCUUCUGGAAGAGGCUCUCUCCAGGCUGCACAUAAUGAGCCAGGCAGCAACAGUGUGGAAGAGAGCUCCGGUUCAGGAGACCUCAAUGCAAACACUGUCAAGGAGGGGAAGCACUGCUUUGCCAGCCCCAGCCUUCACCUCCCCAAGUCCUGGAUCAGGACUACUUCUUCGCACCAACUUUCAGCCCAGCUGUGGUUUUCCAUCACUUCAGAAUGAUGCGGAAUGUCCCUUCACAAGUGCAUCACCCAGAGACAGUGUUUGCAGCUCUCACAGCCCAGAGCUAAAGCUCAAUGAAGCAGGCACAGAGAACUGAGCUGGGAGACACCCAUCAAACUAUCCCAUAUGCAGGGAAACUGCAAAGGGUCAAGGCAAUGGCAGGAAACAGGGAUCUCCUGUGGGACCAUGUUUGGGUGAAGUCGAUAGUGCAGUGCUGACUUGUGUAUGUAGGUAAUGUGGGUUUGCUGCCAGAUCACAUGACAUUAGGAAUCCUACACCCCUUGAUGGCGGCAGGAGCUGGUGCCAGGAAACCUCAUGUUGAAGGCAGGAAACUGUGGUUAGCAUUGCUGCCUCACAGCACCAGAGACCCGGUUCAAUUCCCGCCUCAGGCGACUG